AUGGUUCUUCAGGUCCUUGAUAUCCCUUCAUUUUUGGACCCUCUGCGGUCCCAGUUGGACUCCUCGCGCCGCUUCCAGAUUCAGUCGCUCACCCUCCGGCGUAUCACCGAAAUCGUUUCUCCAUUUCAUGGAAAUUAUUUUCCGGUCCGCAGCUACGAGCCGUUCGUUGCGGGAAUAUUCUCUCGGCAAGGACUCAACAUUGGCGCGGGGAGUGAAUCAAAGACCGAAUCGGCCCUUAUUCGGCGGAAUUUCACUCUGGGGGGCGUCAUGAUUCAACCUCUUACUGUGAAAGAUACCCAAGGCCAGAUCCCUGGUGGCAAUAACAUAUGGCUACUAUCUCGCCAGCCAUUCUUCAAGAACAAGGCCCCCGUCGCUCGGUUUGAUAUUACGCUUUCAGAUACACCAAUGCGCUGGCCUUAUUCAGACUCCAGAUCGCUUACUGGUUUCGCUCCAUGGACUCUGUGGGAUGAUAGAUAUUGGUUCCGAUUUCAAGUAACCUCCGCCGAGAAAGACAAAGAUCAAAAGAAUCGGCCUGCCAAGACACGCGCCCUGACACUGGUCAUCCGUCCAUUUGAAAGGUCUGAUUUCUCCAAGAUCAACCUUGACCCUUCACUGGUGCCAGAAAUGAAACCCAAGAAGAAGAAGUUCGCGACAAUCCUACGGAACUUGGUCAGAAGUCGCGUUUCCGAAGAAGCUCCAGGGUCGGCGCGUUUCACGCUUCCGGUGUUGGCGGUGGAAGGGCCCAGCGAAACGUCAAAGCCAGCAAACCAUGAGACUGAGCAGCUUAUAGCUUUACCGACUCUUGAUUUCCCGUUGGAUCCAUUGGCAAAGAAAAGGGCAACAAAUACAUGGGAGUUCACUUAUGCGGAAGAAAAAUGGAAAGUGAAAUGGGAAUGGAUGUACAAAAGGGUUGAUGUCGAGGCAAUCCGCCUUAUGGGCGGGCCCGUCGAAGUCGAAGCUGAAUCGGCUAGUGUACACAACAAGAAGGUAUGA